AUGCCGCCUCGCGUCGCGGUGCUGCCCACGUCGCUGAUGGCGCCGAGGUUGCUCGCGCGCGCUUCCGUCGCUUCCGUCUCCGCGUCGUCCGAGGGCGGCGGCGGCGGCGGCGGUGGCGGCGGCGGCGGCAUCCCGUCGUGGUCCAUGUCGUCGUCCCCUCCCGCUCCCGCUCCGGGCGGCGGCGGCGGCGGCGGCACCGGGGGCAUGUCUCCCUCGUCCAUCGCCGCGCUGGGCGCCGCCGCGGGCUGCUCCUUCGCCGUCUGCUUCCUGACUUCCACGCCGAUGCCGUGCACGAACUCUUGCGUGUCGCUGAAGACGACGUCCCUCCCUGCGGCGCCGCCGUCGCCGUCGCCGUCGCCGGGGGCGUCCAUCGCGCGCCUCGCCGCGGCUUCUCUGACAACCUCCUCGCGCGCUUUCGACGCGUCCUUCGCCGCGGCGACUCUCCGGCUGCGCGCGAGCGCGCGCGCGAGCUCUUCGUCCUCCGCGUCGUCCUCGCCCGCGUCCCCGGCCAUCUCGGCUAAGAUUUUUUCAUCCGUCUUGAGCUUCGCCUUGGUCAUCGCGGCUUCGAACCGCAUGUCCUUCUCCUUGCGCUCCGCCUCCGCCUGCGCCUUCAUCUCCUCGCCGCGUUUCUUCCUGUUCCCGAGCUCGCUCGUCCCGGCCGCGAUCGCCUGCGCUUCUAAGAUCUUCACGAAAUCCUCCUCGGGCUCUUCUUCUCUCUUCUCUCUGAGUUUCUUCCUGCGUUUCUUUUUAGGCUUGUUAAACUUCGCCGCCGCCUGCGCUUCAACCUCCGCGGCGGUCAUGAAAUCCUUCCCCCGCGUCUUCUCGAACGUCGCCGUCUCCUCCGUCGCGUUCACCGACACGCCCCCCAAACUCGCGGCGAGCUUCCUCUUGAUCUCCUCCUUACGUCGCAGCUCCGCGGCGGCCACCGCGCCGCCGUCGUCCAACGUCAACCCCUCCGCCUCCGUCGUCUCGUCGUACUUCCCGAGCACGGUCUUUCCGUUCGCGUCGUUCGCGUCGUCCUCCUCCCCGAACGGGUUCUUCGGCGUCUUCUUAGACGCCGCCUUGCUCUUCUCUCUGCGCUUGUUCUCCGCGAGCAGCACGUUCUCGAGCUCGUCCGUCUCGUCGUUGAUCGCCGAGCGUCUCUCGUCCAAGAUGGACGCGUCCUUCAACGUCAUCACCACCGUCUCUCCCUCGCGCACCUCGUCCACGCCGUGGCCAACCUUCAUCCCGGCGAGGUCCUUCGCGGUGUACGCGGAGGACUUCGAUUUGUUCGCGCCGAAGGAAUUGGGUCCGUCUUCUCCGAGAUCUUCGUCGUCCUCGAGGUCCUCCGCGUCGUCGUCUUGCUCGGCGAGUUUCUUCGCGAGCGCCUCCGCCUUGGCGCGAUCUUCCGCGCGCUUCUUCUCCUCGAUCGCGCGCGACUUGUUCACCCAGCUCGCGAGGUCGUCGUCCUCCUCGUCUGGUGCGUCGCCGAGCUGCUUCGUCGCCUUGUUGCGCUGGUCCAUGAGUCGUCGCUCUUUCGCGGUCGCGAUCCGCUCGCGCACCGCCUCCGUCUCCUUCUCCGCCUCUCGCUCGCGUCGGAUCUGGAGCGCGGCCUCCUCGUCGUCGCGGCGGGCUCUCUCGCGGUCGCUGACGCCCUCGCGGAGGGGUUUCAAGCCGAGCUUCUCGCGGACUCUGUUCGUCUCUUCGAGGGACAUCGCGACCUCCCCGCCCGCGUCCGUCGUGUGGACGUUGAGGUCAUCGGGGAAGUCCUCCAUCUUGGUCGGGGCCUCGCCGUCCUCGUGCAUCUCCUCGUCGCCCAUCGCGCGGCGCGUCGAUCAGUGCUCCUUCUGUUCGAACGAGCGCGAGCGCCCCUCAAAAAAGCAACGACGGCGAUUGAAUUGA